AUGACCGCGACACCGACGUCCAAACACAUCCUCCAGAAGGGCGCAGCGUGCUCGACGUGCAAGGCUCGCAAAGUCAGGUGCAACGCCGCCAAGCCCGCCUGCGACGCAUGUCGUCGCUCAGCACGCUUCAGGGGAGAAGACCCUGAGCUCGUCGUCUGCAGCUACACCGUCGGACGGCGGUGCGGAGCGGGAAAGGACAAGGAGAAGGAGACUCCGAAGCGUUCGCGCUCGACGGGGCGGCCAGCUCGCGACGUCGACGUCGUCGUUGCGUCGCCUUCAGCCGAGGCCGCUGCAUCCGCGACGCCCGGACGCAGCGAGAAGUGGAUCGAGUACGCAUCAAACCCUCUGCCAGCAUUGCAGGAACCUGUACCACCGCUCGCCAUCCCCCAGCAGUUCUUCCUGCCGUCGCCGGCGUCGUCCUCUUCCGCCUCCUUCGCCUCCGCCUCCACCCCCGCCUCCUCUUCCUCCUCCUCUUUCCCUUCUCCCGUCCUCGACGCCGCACCCACAUUCGAGCAACGACCACAACGCUUCAACCUGCCCGCGCCCAUCCCCGUCGCGCCGUUCUCGUCGACGCUGCCGGCCUUCCUCGGUUUGACCUCGCCCUCGUUCGGCGCCGCGUCUCUCCCGUCAAAGCAGGCACCCGAGAUCGACGCAGCGACACUACUGCAACAGCUCGACGCGGCGUACCCCUUCGUCAUCGCGACUUCGCCCGAAUCUUACGCCGCUCCUCUCCCCGAUCCUCACUCUCCCGUCUCUUCCGCCUCGCUCUCGUCCUUCCACUCGGGAGAAGAUGCGUCCUCGACGUACUCGUCGGUGUCGAGCUCGCCCUUCUCGCUCUACGACGACCUCGACUUUGCGCUCGCGCUCUCGAACGCCCCCUCGUACCCUCCUCAGCCAGCGCCUUUCAACGACUACAAAACUCUGCCGCUCUUCUCCGCGCCCCCACAACUAACAUACGACGCCCAGUCGCACCCCGCUGCGCCGCUCCUCCCCUCGACGGCGUUCUUCGUCGACCACUCGAACCCGUUCCUCCCGACCGCGCACGACGGCGACAAGACGCUCGCCCUCCCUCUCUUCGGCUCGACGCCGGCGUACCAGUGGUCCUGA